UGUCGACUGGUUUGCAUUCUCGUCCUCCCUCGCGUUCCGAAGAUUUGUGGGAUGGAUAGUGAUACCGAUGAAUCUGGGAGAAGGAAAGGCGGAAGGAGAAAUCCUUUCAAGCAACUCGAACAAUUGAGGGCGCGUGCAGAUGCAGUAACAGAUGGCAUUAACUUUGCUAGGGAAGAUGAUCGUAGCUUGGAGGCUUCAAGGGAAAGAUUGUCAAAGGUUCUCAAGAGAUAUGAAGACUUGAAGGACCGCUUGUCAAGAGAUUCUGAUAAAAUGAUCUAUGAGCGUUUGCUAAAGGACUUUGAAGCUGCGCGAGUUGCUCAAAGUGAAGAAAUUCUUUUGGAGGCUGAGCAGUGGAAUGAUGGAUUAUUAGCCACAAUUCGAGAAAGGGUCCACAUGGAAGCUGAUAGAAAAGCAAUGGGUCAAACUGGCAUGCCUCUGGAUCCUCAUUUCAAUGAGAAACCUUCUUAUAGAAUUGGAAACAAGGUACUCUUUUGUUUGGAAGGUUCUAGGAUAGGCAUACAAUAUGAGACAUCUUUUGCCGGAGAGCCCUGUGAAACUUUCCAUUGUGUGCUCGAAAGCAAAUCGUUUCUUGAAAAAUUGACUGUAAUUGAGCACACAAUUCCAUUUUUUUUACCUAUUAGAGAGGCAGAGAAUGAUUUCCUCUCGUCUAAUGCAAUGAAAUUCAUCGAUUAUGUUGGAGCGCUUUUGCAGUCAUAUGUUGACAGAAGAGAGCAGGUCCGUCUUAUAAAGGAAUUGUAUGGAAAUCAAAUUGGAGAGCUAUUUCACAGUCUGACAUACAAUUUAAUUGAAUUUGUGCUGGAUGAUUUUGAUUGCAAGGUGACUGUCAGUCUGAGAUACGCGGAUCUUGUUUCUGUAUUACCGAGCCGAAUUAGGGUAUUAGCAUGGCCUAUUCAUCCGUCCAAGAAGGCUUUGAUAACCGACAAAAAAGGAAGUGGAGCAACAGUCGCCAAAUCAAUUCCUUCUCGCCUUUCUUAUGCCGAGGAUGCCUUGCGAACCAUGAGCUUGCCAGAAGCAUACGCCGAAAUUGUGCUGAAUUUGCCUCGAGUGCUUGAGCAAAUCUUUUCACAUACCGGCCACGUGGCAACAUUUCAAUCUCAACAAAGAUAAGCCUCCCAGUAUGAAUGAAAGAAGAAGAAGAAGAAGAAGAAGAAGAAGGUGAAGCUCCAAAGCACAAUGAUCAUGGCCACCAUCUCCAUCCAAUUCCAUCCCAGUUUCCUCACCGGCAACCCUCUCAGGCCAAUCACUAAGCUCAAUUACAAAUCCCAUCCACUCUCUCUUCUCCCAUGCACCACUGCAUCCAUCCACCACCCCAACCAUUCCCAAUUG